ACUGACGGUUCCAUACUAAAUAUGAAUUGCAAUGAUUAUUAUACAUAAAAGCCUCAAAGGCUGAAAGGCAAAGAAAUUUCUAGUAGAUGAUGCCUUUGUUGUUUCAGUUUUAUUUUGUAUUUCUGUGUGUAAGCUUUUAUUUAAGGCGACAUCUUAUGCUGCGAAUAUACGUUUUAAUUGGACAUCUUAGGCAAAAAAUGGAGAAGGCUGAAAAUUGGCAAAGCAAAUACUGUGUAGAGUUUGAACAACGUCCUCAGCGGACUACUAUUGGACUGUGCUCGCUUUUGGAGCAGCAGAUGUUCGUGGAUGUAGCCAUUUGCUGCGGAGAGAGGGUUUUACACGUUCAUAAAGUGGUUCUGGCUGCCAACAGUCCCUUGUUUAAGGAAGAACUGGAGAAAAAUUCAUCUGUCGAGCAUGUGGUGAUCACAGGAUGUGAUUAUACUGUGGUGAAAUCCUUAGUGGAGUUCAUGUACUGUGGAUCAACUACUAUAGCAGAUGAACAUCUCAAAUAUUUUGUUGCGGCAGCCAGGACAUUACAAAUGAAACAUUGGAAAAUCUGA